CUCUAUUCAUUCAGCCGAACUCGCCAGCGCGCGACGUCAAUCAAUUCAAACUUCUUUUCUCCUCUGUGUAAUGGUCCAGUUUCCUUAAGCACUGGUCGUGCUGUUCUCGUUCUUUUUAUCCUUCAACAACCUCUCUGCGCGCAAUUGCAACUGAAACGUUCAAUUGGCCUUCGGUGGUCUAGGUCUUCCCCGGCGGUUUCCACCAGCAUCCUGCGCAACGUCUCAGACCUCCCUCAGCAACAAUCCUUAUUCCUUCUUCUAGCAUAAAAUAGCAAUCGAAUUCAGGUCUACCGCACCCCUACACUCACAAUGCCCGCGAAGUCGCGAUUCACAAGGCUUGAUGCCUUCACCAAAACCGUGGAAGACGCGCGGGUUCGAACGACGAGCGGAGGCAUUGUGACGAUAACGAGUUUGAUUAUUAUUUUAUGGCUGGCAUGGGGAGAGUGGGCGGAUUACAGGAGAGUCACUGUGUCGCCGGAGCUUAUCGUGGAUAAAGGUCGAGGAGAGAAGAUGGAGAUAUCGAUGAACAUCACCUUCCCGCGGGUGCCUUGCGAGCUUCUCACCCUCGAUGUUAUGGAUGUCUCUGGAGACCUACAGAUGGGCGUGAACCAUGGAAUCAACAAAGUGAGGCUCUCGCCGGAAAGCGAGGGAAGCAGGGUCAUUGAGACCAAGGCUUUGGAUCUACACAAGGACGAGGCUGCACAUUUGGACCCAGGAUACUGCGGUGAAUGCUAUGGCGCACCUCCCCCCAACGCUGCGAGCAAGCCCGGAUGCUGCAACACCUGUGACGAAGUGCGCGACGCCUACGCCUCGGUCUCGUGGUCCUUCGGUCGCGGCGAAGGCGUGGAGCAGUGCGAACGUGAACACUAUGCCGAGCAUCUCGACGCUCAGCGUAAGGAAGGGUGCCGUCUCGAGGGCGGUAUCCGUGUAAAUAAGGUCAUUGGAAACUUCCACAUUGCACCAGGAAAGUCCUUCUCCAACGGAAAUCUGCAUGUCCACGACUUGGAGAACUACUUCAAGGACGAAACCCAUACUUUCACCCACAAGAUCCAUCAUUUGCGAUUUGGCCCCCAGCUUUCUGAUGCUGUCAUCCAAAACAUGCAGAAGAACCAUGCUGCGACUGGACCUGGUGGAUGGACUAACCACCAUAUCAACCCGCUCGAUGAUACCGAGCAGCACACCGAAGAGAAGGCAUACAACUUCAUGUACUUCGUCAAGGUCGUCUCCACAGCAUACCUUCCCCUUGGAUGGGAGAAGGAAGCCCCCCGCCCCUCAAAGCACGACGAUAUCCUCGGUGGUACUAUUGAAGGCAGCUACAAAGGCAGCAUUGAAACCCACCAGUACUCUGUUACAAGCCACAAGCGAAGCCUCGGUGGCGGAUCCGAUGAGGAUGCCAACCACAAGGAGCGUCUCCACGCUCGUGGCGGCAUUCCCGGUGUCUUCUUCUCAUACGACAUCUCCCCUAUGAAGGUCAUCAACCGCGAGGUCCGCGCCAAGACCUUCUCCGGCUUCCUCGUCGGCCUCUGCGCCGUCAUCGGUGGAACGCUCACAGUCGCUGCCGCCGUAGACCGCGCGGUCUACGAGGGUGCAAACAAGAUCAAGAAGAUGCACUCUAACUAAACCCCCACAUCUUCCUGAACGAAUCAAACUCAUCAUCUACAUAUGCACGUUUGUCGUAUUCACCUGCAUGGAAUAGUCCAUUGUCCCAAUUAUUUGUUUUUUGGUUUCCACAAGAGACUGCACGGCGUUAUCAGGUGCAAUGAUCAUUUCCAUUGGGGGAAUCAAAUUUUUGCAAAUCUAUAUUACUCUACUGGGAAAAGGGGGGAGGCAUGAGGUCGAGCGAGCGUUGGGUGUUGUUGGAGGAACGAAGGAGAUGUGUAUCAAACGAGUACAUUAUUGAAGAGCACGGCAAACAGAGCUAAGGAACGAAGACCAGGUGUCGUAGACAUUUACGAACGCCAACAACCAUUAGAGGUUCAUGAAAAAUAUCAAUCACAAAAAAACGUGCAUGCAG